AUGUCCGAUUCAGUCAAACCAUUCGCACCUUCCCCUACAACUACACCAGCACUCUCCGAACGCCAACCUUCAGCCAGCUCACCACCUCAGCAACCGUCUGAAACAGAGGAAGAAGUGCGAGGAAUCGUUGGGGAUGAAGAACAUUAUGAUGUAGAAAGAAAGAAGGAAAACAGGUUGGAAGAUAUGAAGAGACAGAUCAUAGUAUUCGGUGAAGAAUAUGACAACGUCUAUCAAGACCAUUUCACAAUUGAACAGCUUAAUGGGUUGUGCGCGUUAUUGAAGCCGAUAGUGAACAAGAUGGAAUCGAAUCAGGAAUUGAGAAACCUCUUUUUCUGCCAAAAGAGUUCAAUGUUCCUUGUGUUCACCAUGGUUGGAGAGACAAGAGAGAUUCUGGAUGAAAAAUCCGAUAUCUUCGAACUUUGUGAGAAAAUAAUGGGAAAUUGGAAGAUCCAUAACGACACAGAAGCGAUGAAGAGAAACAGCCAAGAUAUGAUGAGACGGCCAAGAUCGGAGUAUCAUGUUCAACGGGUAUUAAAUUUACUUGAUCAGGCUGAUAACAAUACGCUCAUCGGAAUUCUAUUGGACCUAUUGGAUUUCCUAACCUCUUCUCAAUCUGGUAUCAAAUCGUUGAUGAGACAUGGAAUGUUCAAAAUCGUGAAGAAUUACAUUAAGAAGGCGAAAAAAACCAAAACAUCUCAAAGACAAUUAUUUUACUCGUCAUUGCCUGAAAUGCUGUUGAAAAUCGAGGAUAGUGAUGCUUUCGAAGAUGGACUUAUAGAACGACUGAUAUAUUCGUCUCUUGAGAAGAAGCCAGCCAAUGGCACAUUCACAUAUCACAGAAGUUCCUGCUUCUUGACAAGUGUCCUCGAGCUAUGUCUAGCACACAAUCAGAUUUCUGACGCAGUCCGAGGAUUUCGGUUGAGUCCACAAAAAGGCUCUGAAUUUGCCCUGCUCGUAUUUUCCUGUGCCUUCCACGUGGCUGCUCAAUACCCGGAUAGAAGAAUAAACAGCUCGAUAUUAUUUGAAAUGUUGGAUGGAAAACAAUAUGGACAAAAGACGAUCAUGGAAGAAAUGGGAGGAAUGACAGAGUACUUGCUCAUUCAUAUCAUUAAUAAUAUUGGUUCACUGAGAAAUAUGUUCUCUUUUCGGUUCAAUCGCCACAAGAAAGAUGUGCUGGAGACGGUUGAUACGUUUGUUUUGGUUCUGACUAAUCGAAACAUAUCGAACAAAGUUUUAAAAGUAGAAGACGUGGAACUUGUGACGAUUCCGAAACACUUGUUUGUUCACUUCGACACGGAAGAAAAACCGACUAUUCAAAUGUUGCCGCUGGAACUCACUUCUAUUAAAGGAGGAAUCGUCUUCUACAAACUCCGUAUGUUCACUACAAAAUCCAUAGAAAACAAGAUAGCUCAUGCAAUUGGAUAUGUGAAGGAAGAUGGAACCUGGAAGAAAUACAAUAGCGGCAGAAAAGAAGACAUUCAUUUUGAUGGAAACGAAGUGAACAAUUUCUCAAUCGGGAUUUUCGAGUUAGACGAUUGA